UCUGCCUGGCUGGCUCGCUAUACUUUGUCACUACUCGUUGUCGUCGCCGACCACCAUGGUCCGUCAUGCCAUUUUUUAUUAUGAUUUGGCUGCAUACAUACAUACAUAUGUACUUACCCAAGACGAGGGGUUCAUCCCCUCACAAAACGAUCAUCGCCAUCAGGGUGGGAAGAAGAAGACAAACAACAAUAACAACCACCCCCUCUUUGGGAAUGGUGUGUUGUUCUUUUUCGCUGGAUGGAUACCGCAGUGCACGUCGGCCUCAUUUCCUUGGGCGAUUCAUCGUCUGGUCUUGUUCCCCCACCAACUGCCGUCUAGCCCACUCUUUUAUUCCCAUCGUUGUUGAUCUGCCCCUCCAUACCAUUGUGAAUUCAUUGCCAAAGACGGCCAAGGAGCAGCAGCAUCCACGUAAUGCAUCCAUCUACAUAUUGAUACUAAUACUUAUGUAUCUAUCUAUGUAUGUGUGUACACGUAGUACACCGUAGACGUCCAUGUGGGUGUGUAGGUACAUGUCGACAUGUACCCAAGCAGCUAGAGGGGCAUCUGGCACUGCAUCACGUGGGGAGGCUUGCAUAACAUUGCGACGGCGUCGUGAAAAGCAUGCACGGCGAUGCAGGCGCCCGCCAGCAGUGC